GAAAUUGGUUCUUCUUCUUGACCCUCUCUCCGUUUUGUAUAGAAGUCAGCAGGGCGAUCAGCAUUACUUUCCAAUAGAAAACAAACAGCCGCCAUAAAGGGAUUCGCGGUUGGCGUCCGUUAUAAUGCAACCGAGAAAGUGGAAAAGAAAGUGAAAAGGGAAAAAUUCAAUCCAACCCACUUGAAGAACCGAAAAAAAGAGGGAAUUUUGCAUCUGGGUAGGUGGUGGCCCGCUUAUAAUUUCAUUCUUUUCUUUAGCACGGGAACGAUGUCUGAGAAGAUAACUGCUGAGGAUCUUCUUCAUAAUAUUUCUGAAGCUCUAGCUGAACAUGGUCAAAAGGCAAAAUCAGUAUCGUUUUUUGGGGAAGAUAAUAAAUCUAGUUCAGUGGCUGGUCAGAUCAAGCGGAUAUUUGGACGCCAAAAGCCUGUUUACCAUCUUCUGGGGGGUGGAAGAUCUGCUGAUGUGCUCCUAUGGAGGAACAAGAAAAUCUCAGCUAGUGUUUUGACUGGUGCCACUAUUAUAUGGGUGCUUUUCGAAUGGCUUAAUUACCACUUCUUGACUCUUAUUUGCUUCGCUUUGGUUUUUGGCAUGUUGGCUCAGUUUAUAUGGACAAAUGCGUCAGGAUUUCUGAACAGAUCAUCGUCCAACGUUCCUCGCCUUGUUCUUCCUGAGGAACUAUUUGUCAAUAUUGCUGUCUCGUUUGGUGCCGAGGUUAACCGAGCUCUCUGUUUUCUCCAAGAUAUUGCCUGUGAAGGAAAUUUGAAACACUUCCUUGUGGCUGUAGUAAGCUUGUGGGUUGGUGCUGUGAUUAGUAGCUGGUGCAAUUUCAUAACUGUCUUGUACAUUGGUUUCGUUGCAGCCCAUACGCUUCCAAUUCUGUAUGAGAAAUAUGAAGAUGAAUUCGACACCUUCGCAUCCAAAGUCUUCGACCAGCUUUGCGGUCACUACCAGAAGUUUGAUUCCAGUGUCCUUAGCAAGAUCCCCAAAGGAGGUUUCAAGGGAAAGAAGUAUGAAUAGAUCAUUUUCAACUCAGCAAAUGCUUAAUCCAUAUCUAGUUUUUGCAAGGAAUUGGUUAUGUAUCAUAAGCUGAAAUCAUAGAGAGACCAAGUGGUAGAAAUGAAUCUUUAGUUUAAGUUUGUAUUUGCCAAUUUGCUGAAAUAGGAACCAUCUUUGACUGAUUAUUGCAGCCAUUGGCUUCCGUUAUUAUAACUGCUUCACAUUCAUAUCCUUUUGACUUCAGCUCAUGGAAUGUUGUUUGAAGCCAAAACCUUGAACAAGGGAAUAGUUUCAGGUUUUUUUUCC